CUAGCCUGUGCUGUAGCCAGUGUGGCGGCCAGGAGGAAGCAUUGCGGAACCAGUCGAUCCUGCCUCUCUCUCUUUUCAUGACCUAGUGACCUGAUACUUUAUCAGAUUGUUAUUUUUUGCGGUGGCUUUGGCACAGGUUUUUUUUCUUCCCCUACAACGCUCGUGCCCCUCUCCUGGCACUCCCCUCGGCUGGCCCUGCCCGCUGCUUGCACCAGCAGAUCCACACACAGACACACAACUCAGAAAACAGAAGCAGUUGUCAAGGGGGUGGGAGACAAGCAAACCCUUAGCCGCAUUCACUGCAAGGCAGGCCCGCCUCUCCUGCAAACACGCACAGCGCCUCAGAGAGGAAGGGGAGCCGCUAGCAGAGGAGGUGAAGCCGAUCAGAAAUAAGGAAGAAGUGGAAGGGGCUGUCGCUGCAAGGCAUCAUGUGGAUCUGUUGGUGAAAGGGGUGGGGGAACAACACCCCCCUCUUUUUUCCCACCCCAACCCCCCCCGGCAUCUAGAGGGGCAGAGAGGGGGCUCGGUCGGCAGCUGAGGCCGGAGACUCAAAAAAUUAAUAAUCUCUUAAGGUAUUUAAAAAAAAGGAAAGGAGAAGAGAGAAGAUUGCCUGGCAAGAUGGCCGACCUGGAAGCGGUGCUAGCGGAUGUGAGCUACUUGAUGGCUAUGGAGAAAAGCAAAUCCACCCCUGCAGCCCGGGCCAGCAAGAAGAUCCUGUUACCUGAGCCCAGCAUCCGCAGCGUCAUGCAGAAAUACCUGGAGGAUCGGGGCGAAGUGACUUUGGAAAAGUUUUUUUCUCAGAAGGUAGGGUACCUGCUGUUCCGGGAUUUCUGCCUGAAUCAGGUGGAGGAGGCCAAGCCGCUCGUGGAGUUCUAUGAAGAGAUUAAGAAAUAUGAGAAGCUGGACUCGGAGGAGGAUCGAGCUGCCAAGAGCCGCCAGAUUUUUGACCAGUACAUCAUGAAGGAGCUGCUGUCCUGCUCCCAUCCCUUCUCCAAGAGCGCCACAGAGCAUGUGCAGAGCCGGCUCAGCAAGAAGCAGGUGCCACCAGACCUAUUCCAGCCGUACAUUGAGGAGAUCUGCCAGAACCUGCAUGGGGCCAUCUUCCAGAAAUUCAUCGAGAGUGACAAAUUCACCCGCUUCUGCCAGUGGAAGAAUGUGGAGCUGAACAUCCAUCUGACCAUGAACGACUUCAGCGUGCACCGGAUCAUCGGCCGCGGUGGCUUUGGAGAGGUGUAUGGUUGCCGGAAAGCGGACACGGGCAAAAUGUACGCCAUGAAAUGUCUGGACAAGAAGCGCAUUAAGAUGAAGCAGGGGGAGACGCUGGCCCUAAAUGAGCGCAUCAUGCUGUCUCUCGUCAGCACCGGGGACUGCCCCUUCAUCGUGUGUAUGUCCUACGCCUUCCAUACCCCUGACAAACUCAGCUUCAUCCUGGACCUGAUGAAUGGGGGCGACUUGCAUUACCACCUGUCUCAGCACGGGGUCUUUUCUGAGGCCGAGAUGCGCUUCUACGCUGCCGAGAUCAUCCUGGGCCUGGAGCACAUGCACAACCGCUUCGUGGUGUACCGGGACCUCAAGCCAGCAAACAUCCUGCUGGACGAGUUCGGUCACGUCAGGAUCUCGGACCUGGGACUGGCCUGUGAUUUCUCCAAGAAGAAGCCUCAUGCCAGUGUUGGCACGCAUGGGUACAUGGCGCCGGAGGUGCUGCAGAAGGGUGUGGCAUAUGACAGCAGUGCUGACUGGUUCUCCCUGGGCUGCAUGCUCUUCAAGCUGCUGCGGGGGCACAGCCCCUUCCGGCAGCACAAGACCAAGGACAAACAUGAGAUCGACCGCAUGACCCUGACCAUGCCUGUAGAGUUGCCCGACUCCUUCUCGCCUCAGCUGCGCUCCCUGCUGGAAGGGCUGCUCCAGAGAGACGUCAACCGGAGGCUGGGCUGCAUGGGGCAUGGGGCACAAGAGGUGAAGGAGGAUCCCUUCUUCCAGAGCCUGGACUGGCAGAUGGUUUUCCUGCAGAAGUACCCACCGCCCCUGAUCCCGCCACGUGGGGAGGUGAACGCGGCUGACGCCUUCGACAUUGGAUCUUUCGAUGAAGAGGACACAAAAGGGAUCAAGCUGUUGGACAGCGACCAAGAGCUGUACCGCAACUUCCCGCUCACCAUCUCAGAGCGCUGGCAGCAGGAGGUGACGGAGACUGUCUUUGAUGCUGUCAAUGCUGAGACCGACAAGCUGGAGACCCGCAAGAAGGCCAAGAACAAGCAGCUGGGCCACGAGGAGGACUACGCCUUGGGCAAGGACUGCAUCAUGCACGGCUACAUGUCCAAGAUGGGCAACCCCUUCCUGACGCCAUGGCAGCGGCGAUACUUCUACCUGUUCCCCAACCGGCUGGAGUGGCGAGGGGAGGGCGAAUCCCCGCAAUCCCUGCUCACCAUGGAGGAGAUCCUAUCUGUGGAGGACACUCAGAUUAAGGAGCGCAAAUGCAUCCUCCUCAAGACCCGGGAGCACAGGCAGCUCAUCCUGCAGUGUGAUAGCGACCCUGAGCUGGUGCAGUGGAAGAAGGAGCUGCGCGACGCCUACCACGAGGCCCAGCAGCUGCUGCAGCGGGUGCCCAAGAUGAAGAACAAGCCGCGCUCGCCCAUAGUGGAGCUCAGCAAGGUGCCACUGCUGCAGCGCUCCAGUGCCAACGGCCUCUGACCCCCAUGCCCCCCUUCUCCCCCGGCUUUAAUUUAUUGGGUUGGGUUUUACUCGCACCCCCAGCGGAACCGUAACUGUUAAUUUGCUGAUCCUUGUGACUCCCGCCCUGCCCCCUGCUGGAGGGGGUGGGGCAUGUGGAGGGGGUGGGGCAGACUCCCCCCUCCCCUGAUUUGGGGAUGGAUCCUGCCUUCUGGAUCCAUUUCUCCUCUCCUUCCCAUCUCAGCUCAUGGGGCAGGGGCCAUGCUGGCCUUGCCCCCAGCAGGAUGGGGGAUGCAGGGAUCACAGGGAGGAACUUCCUCUUUGGCACUUAACUUCCUGCUUUCUCUCUCCAUUAUCAAAUCGCUGCUGGUGCUGGAGAGCUUGGGCGGGGCAUGGCCCAGAUCCCUGGCACGCUAGAGGGCUCUGCCAGCAGGGGCGUUAUGGCCCAGGGCAUGCCCUUCCCAGCCUGUAGAAUGCAGUGAGCAUUGGGGAAUGGGGGACAGACUUGCCUCCAGUCCCUUCUCCAUGGGUUCCCAGCUCUUACUGGAAGGGAUUCCAGCCCCAGCAAUGCUGU